AUGGCCAAGAAAUGCAAGCGUGCGACGAAAGCCGCCACUGUUGCAGCCCCUCGACCGGUGACAAGCCCAUACACAAGCCCCACUGUCGCCUUGCACUUCGGUCCUACGCUCCAGGAAUAUCAUCUGCCAGAUAUCCUGCUGCAACAACUAGAGAACAUCCCAAGUCGUGAUCCUCGGACAGGGAAGAUCCACCUCGCAGAUGUUGAUGCGAGCAUUGGUCACGUCUUGAUUCACUUCCUGCACACAGGUGUGUAUCAAACUCUCAACAACGAAGCUGUCGGAAAUAUCGAGAACACACAAAAAGAUAUCGUCCUCAGUGAAUUCCAAACAGCUCUCCUUACACUAGAGGCUGCUAAGAAGUAUGGUGUGCCUGGUCUCCAGAACUUAGCGCAAAUCGAGCUCGAGCGACAAGGCGAGGACAUGUGUCUACUUGAUGCUUUGCGCGUUAUUCGAGAGGAUUUCCUUGUAGGUCCUCCUGGAGAACAUGCGUGGCUUAGAGACUACGUUUCGAUGAAAGUUCGAUUGGCCUUCGAACAUGACCCUUCAGCGAUAUUGGCACCAGACUUCUUCGACAGCAUAGAAAGCUCUACUUUGACGAAGUUGGUAGCUCAAAUCACCGUUGGUCUGUUAAGCGAAGAGAUAGACAAGUUGCGCAAAGAAAAGACCGCAACCGGUCGGAUCUCAGCACCUGGACACGACGAACUUCGAGGGGCUUGUUCGCCUGACGUAGCAGACUUAACUUCCAAGCGUGCAGCUGAGGGUCCCAACGCAUGGCCCACGUCUGUACAAAAGUUUGGAGCUUUCGAUGACUCGUCAGCUGCCUGGGGUCCUCAUGAUCUGGCUCAGGACGGGGGUAGCAGUCAGGAGGCUGAUACGCCUGCAGCCUUACCUUCAAGCACCAAUGAAGGCGAUUACGCGACUGAUAGAGGAGACACCCAGCAUCUCCGAGCCGGGCAGGCAAACAUUGCGCCAUCUCAGGAGGGGGAUGUUACAGCCGAAAACUCUACCGUUAUCAUAGACAAAGAAGACGGAGCAGGUGUUGAUCCGCUGUGGAUGUGGGGUAGUCUUGCCAAGAAAAAAAAGAAGUCUAAGGUGAAGACGAGUCAUUCGCCCCCUCCUGCGUCGCCAUCUGACGUCCGUCUCGAUGUUGAUUCAACGCUAGUCGUUCCCGAUGCCGACACUAUCGCUCCAGUUGUAUCCGCUGCACAAGAACAUCUAGAGACGGAGAAAGAUCUCUACGCAGGGCUGAGUAAGUCGCAAGCGAGGAAGUUGAAGGCCAAACUAGACAAAGAGACGAACUCGAAGGACGAGGAAGAAGCGAAGCGCCAGAGAGAGGAAGAAGAGGAACGGAUGCGCCUAGAAGAGGAAGAAGCCGAGUUGAAGAGGAUGGAGGAAGAGGAAGCUGCCGUCGCCGCCGCCGAAGCCGAGAAGUCCAAGAAGAGGGAAGAGGAAGAAGCGGAUCCCUGGGGUCCGUUUUAUGCAGCUUCACUUAAGAAAGCCAAGAAGAAGAAGAGCAAGACAACAGAUCAGAUAGGCUUAGAGAACCAAGAAGCAGACAUCAAGAAGAUGGAAGCCGAGUACGUCGCUGCUGGAGAUACUGGAGCUGAGAUCUGCCCGACGAAGGACGACGAUCCCUGGGGCGCUUGGGGUUCUGCCACUCCAACCUUUAAGAAGAAGAAGAAGUCUAAGAAACCAAAAGAUCCAACCCUAGCAGAAGAUGAAGAGAACGAACGAAUCCGUCGGGAAAAAGAAAACGCUGCUGCCGCUGCUACUACAGCUGAUCUGAGCGUUGUCGGCUCGACGGGUGUUACAUUUGGUGACGAUGACUGUCAACUGCGUGUGGAGCAUCUAUCUCAGAAUUAUGCAUGGCAGAAUUGCAGGCCAUGCGAACUCUACAUGAGAAAGAUUGCCAUGAAACAUCAUUUUGAGGGGCUACCGAUCGAACAUGGGUUCAGUACGACCAAUUGA